CACGUGGAUCCUAUAAACAGCUUGCGGCAUGAUGAACUCGUGUAUGCAAACAAGCAAUCAAGACGACCCCGCAUGUCCCAUUCUCAAAAACAAGAUCGCACCACACGCAAUCCAUCAGCGCACCACAGCGAGCUUCUUGUGUUCGGCUACGGAUGCACAUUGUUUCGAAAUGACGCUUUGGCAGAGACGGUCGAGUCUCUUCUGCAACCAUGGCAUGACGAAGAGAAUGGGGUGUGGAUGGAUAGGUAAUGCCUAAACAAAAACGUGAGGUCAUAAGAUGGGUUAUGCUUGCAAUGUGGCAUGGAACUAUCCAAUUGUGGGUUUGAACUACAAAAAAGUUAGUGUCUACUGAUGCAGGGUUAUGCGAGUGCUUUUGCGCUCGCUAUAUUACGGUAACCAAAUAAACUUUGAAUCAACUGAGACAGAGGCUAAGACGGAUAUCUGAUACACCCAUCUUUGGCACUUCUCUGACAACACCAGAUUCGACGUCCGCAACCUGCUUGACGAUCUUGCCAUAUGUGAUCAACCUGUUUGUCAGAUUCCAGAAGCAGACUCAGAGGAGGAUUUGUGCGACGAGGAGCGGUAUCGGGAUGUGGAUUCGGAGGAGGAGACGCUGUUUGAUAUGUCGGAGGACGAGAGGGUGGAGUACUUGGAGGAGAAGCGAAGACGGGGAUUAGAGGAGAACAAGAAGGAGAUUUAUUAUGAUUAUGGGCCGGGAGAUGGUAAUGUUAUGGGCAAGAUGGGGGAGACGGAGAUCUUGAACGCGGACCAAAAGGUCCAACUCAAGUAUGCAGUACCGGCUGCCAUGAUCACGCCGUCCAACCAACGUAUAGCAGACAUUAUCGAGAAAACAGCAACGUUCAUCAAUAACAGCACAAACCCCCAGAUGGAGGUCCUCAUCCAAGCCAAACAAGCCACCAACCCCGAUUUUGGGUUUCUGCACAUGCAGCACAGCUUGCAUCCUUAUUACAAACACGUGCGGUCAGUCCUGAAAUCGGGUUUGGCUGGGUUAACUGCGUACGGUAGCGAUAGCGAUAGCGACGAUGAGGAACAACAAGUUCAUCAACCUGAGGAUGCUCCAGCUACUCCUGAUCUCUCAACGGCACCGCUAACGUGGACUGCUUUCCGAGGAGGCGGACUCCCACAGGCGGCCAUGAGUAUCCCACCACCAGACCUUCAAACCAUCAUUGACAAAAUGGCCUCCUUUGUGGCGCGGAAUGGGCCUUCGUUUGAAGCCAAAGUCAAGGAGAAGAAUCGCGGUGACCCCCGGUUUGCGUUCCUACUCCCAUGGAACGAGUUUCAUAUGUACUACAAAAGCAGACGCGAUGGACACUCCGUUCAUGAGGGUCAAACGACUGUGGCAAAUGACACUGCACCAACGUCCCAUGCAAGUACAAACUCCCAGAUGACAGAUCCUACAAAACUCAAAGCAGAGCGACUUGCAAGAGCGCGCGCAUAUCUGGCAACCAUGAAAGCAAAAAGCGCACAGACAGGCUCGUCUACUCGCGCCCACCAUCACACGGAGCCGGAGUCAAUGCCAUAACUUGCAAUGUACCCACCGCGUGGACACAUCUAAUUAAUUUGGCUCACAGGAUGGUGAAGAUGGGAGGUCAAUGGACUCGCCAAUGCAUGGAAACGAAAAAGAAGACGAGGAAGCAUGAUUUGUGUCUUUUUGGAGCGCGGACCUGCAUAGUCCAAUUGUAAUGAUUGUCAUUUGGGGCGGCUGCAAGCUUCAACUCGUUCGUCCUUUUUAGGCAAACAGAACUAUAGAGCAAGUGUCCACGGAAUAUAUUUACCCUAAAUGAAUAAAUCGUAUGAACACUACAAUCAAAGUCCAUGGCUCCAACCACGGAAAAAAGUGCCACUUGUUUGCUACUGCAUUCAGUAAAUGUCGUUCAUUUUUGUUUGCGAGCGGCUGGGCGCACUUUUAUUGGUAAGCUGAUGGUGUCGCAGGCGCGUAUAGGUGGGAGAUUUUGUCACAGCUUUAUGUUCGCGUGUGUGUAUUUUUGGAAUUAGUUUGAAGUGCUCCUUUUUGCAUAGGUCAACAUGUCGCCAUGCGCUAUGUUUCGAUGCUCAAUAUGUCCAAAUCAUUGUUUUGAAUAUCGAUGGGACGCGUGCUUUUAUUUUGGUACACAAUGCGGACCGGAAUGCGAUCGACGGUGGUGGGGCCGCGCGGGAUGCGGGGAAACGGCGGAGGUGCCCCUCAAAAAGACGCGAGACGCACCUUAGCCACGUCC